AUUUAAUUACAGCAAGUAUAAACAAUGUCUGACAUGAUAAUAAAUGAUUCUGUUCCCGUGGACAAAAAAUGGAGUGAAUUAAUUAAAUAUAAUAUAUUUAUUAUGAAAUUGGUCGAGUUUGUUUUUUCAAUGGUUCUGAUGAUAAUUCCGUUCGCUAUGAACGGAGCUGACACCAUGCAUUGCCUGGCUGUCGCCCCCACUGUGGUCAUGUCCAUAAUGUUUGUUGUACUGUACUUAGUGGAUCAAGUACAUGACUUAGCUGAACAACUCUAUUUGUUGAUACAAAUUACACUGAAUAUACUUGCUCUCUUUAGUGUGCUGUUGAAACAAUAUCCCGCUGGAGCACUAUAUGGAUUAUUUUAUUGUCAUUUACUUAUUGCCCUUUGUAUUGACAAAUAUUAUGUGAUAAAGGAAAGAGGUUUUGCAUUAUUACAACCAGUAUGAGUGUUUAGUAAUAAAAUGCUGUAGAUAGCGUAUUUGUAUUAUUCCACUGUUAACUCUUUAGUCAGCUUGAUUUUUAAUUUAUUAAAAAAAAUUUUUUUA